CGCGCCCCCCCGCCCUCCGGUGUAAUACUUCUCCACAUCUGCUUCAGGAAGAAAGUGCCUGCUACUCUUACUGUUUCUACGCAGGUUCAUGCCAGCCCAGAACGCAGAAUCAGGAGUCGGCGUGUUGAUCCCCAACCAGCCAAGAUGAACAUGGUGAAGAGAAUCAUGGGGCGGCCGAGGCAGGAGGAGUGCAGCCCGCAAGACAACGCCCUGGGCCUGAUGCACCUGCGCCGUCUCUUCACCGAGUUGUGCCACCCUCCCCGGCACAUGACUCAGAAGGAGCAGGAGGAGAAGCUGUACAUGAUGCUGCCAGUGUUUAAUAGGGUCUUUGGAAAUGCUCCGCCAAAUACAAUGACAGAAAAAUUUUCUGAUCUUCUGCAGUUCACAACACAAGUCUCACGACUGAUGGUGACAGAAAUCCGAAGGCGAGCAUCCAACAAAUCCACAGAGGCUGCAAGUCGGGCCAUCGUCCAGUUCUUGGAAAUCCAUCAGAGUGAAGAAGCCAGUAGAGGGUGGAUGCUUCUGACAACAAUUAACUUGUUAGCAUCUUCUGGUCAGAAAACCGUGGACUGCAUGACAACGAUGUCAGUGCCUUCCACCCUGGUUAAAUGCUUAUAUCUGUUUUUUGACCUCCCGCAUGUGCCUGAGGCAGUUGGGGGUGCCCAGAAUGAGCUACCUCUAGCAGAACGCCGUGGACUACUCCAGAAAGUUUUUGUGCAGAUCUUAGUGAAACUGUGCAGUUUUGUCUCUCCAGCUGAGGAGCUGGCCCAGAAGGACGAUCUCCAGCUUUUAUUCAGUGCAAUAACCUCUUGGUGCCCUCCCUACAACCUGCUCUGGAGGAAGAGUGCUGGCGAGGUCCUCAUGACCAUCUCUCGCCACGGCCUCAGCGUCAAUGUGGUGAAGUAUAUUCACGAAAAAGAAUGUUUAUCUACGUGUGUUCAGAAUAUGCAGCAAUCAGAUGACCUGUCUCCCCUAGAAAUUGUUGAAAUGUUUGCCGGGCUUUCUUGUUUCCUCAAGGAUUCCAGUGACGUUUCCCAGACUCUUUUGGAUGACUUUCGGAUAUGGCAGGGAUAUAACUUCCUUUGCGAUCUCUUGCUGAGAUUGGAACAAGCAAAAGAGGCAGAAUCCAAAGAUGCUUUGAAAGAUCUGGUUAAUCUGAUAACUUCCCUGACGACAUAUGGUGUCAGUGACCUAAAACCAGCUGGUGUUAGCACAGGAGCGCCCUUUUUACUGCCUGGAUUUGCAGUACCUCAGCCUGCAGGCAAAGGUCACAGUGUAAGAAACAUCCAGGCCUUUGCAGUUCUUCAAAAUGCAUUUUUAAAAGCAAAAACGAACUUCCUUGCCCAAAUCAUUCUUGAUGCCAUCACAAACAUUUACAUGGCUGACAAUGCCAAUUAUUUCAUCCUAGAGUCACAGCACACACUGUCACAGUUUGCUGAAAAGAUUUCUAAACUCCCAGAAGUUCAAAACAAAUACUUCGAGAUGCUGGAAUUUGUCGUUUUUAGCUUAAAUUAUAUCCCUUGUAAAGAACUUAUUAGUGUUAGCAUCCUCUUAAAAUCUAGCUCUUCUUACCACUGUAGCAUUAUCGCAAUGAAGACCCUUCUUAAGUUUACACGACAUGACUAUAUAUUUAAAGAUGUGUUCAGGGAGGUGGGCCUUCUGGAAGUCAUGGUAAACCUUUUGCACAAAUAUGCUGCCCUUUUGAAGGAUCCAACUCAGGCAUUAAAUGAACAAGGGGAUGCAAGAAAUAAUAGUUCAUUUGAAGAUCAAAAACACCUGGCUUUGUUGGUCAUGGAGACCUUGACAGUGCUUCUUCAAGGGUCAAACACAAAUGCAGGAAUCUUUCGAGAAUUUGGAGGUGCAAGGUGUGCCCAUAAUAUAGUGAGGUACCCGCAGUGUCGGCAGCACGCCCUGAUGAUUAUCCAGCAGCUGGUGCUCUCUCCCAACGGGGACGAUGACAUGGGCACUCUCCUGGGGCUGAUGCAUUGCCCCCCCACAGAGUUACAGCUGAAGACUGACAUUCUAAGAGCCCUCUUGUCUGUCCUUCGAGAAAGCCAUCGUUCAAGAACAGUCUUUAGGAAGGUCGGAGGGUUUGUGUACAUCACGUCCUUGCUCGUUGCCAUGGAGCGGUCCUUGAGCUCGCCGCCCAAGAACGGCUGGGAGAAAGUGAACCAGCACCAAGUGUUUGAACUGCUGCACACGGUGUUCUGCACACUGACGGCAGCCAUGCGCUAUGAGCCCGCCAACUCCCAUUUCUUCAAGACGGAGAUUCAGUAUGAGAAGCUGGCAGAUGCCGUUCGAUUUCUUGGCUGCUUCUCAGACCUGAGAAAAAUAAGCCCCGUGAAUGUCUUCCCCUCAAAUACGCAGCCGUUUCAAAGACUUCUGGAGGAAGACGCGGUCCUGGUGGACGCCGUGUCGCCCACUUUGCGGCACUGCAGCAAACUCUUUAUUUAUCUCUACAAAGUGGCCACCGAUUCUUUUGACAGUCGUGCAGAACAGAUCCCUCCUUGCCUGACAAGUGAAUCUUCUCUCCCCUCUCCUUGGGGUACACCAGCUUUGUCCAGGAAAAGACAUGCAUAUCAUUCGGUUUCGACUCCCCCCAUUUACCCUCCUAAAAAUGUUGCUGACCUGAAACUGCAUGUGGCAGCUUCAUCUCUCCAGAGUUCUGAUGCCGUCAUCAUCCAUCCAGGAGCCAUGCUUGCUAUGCUGGACCUCCUGGCCUCUGUUGGGUCAGUGACACAGCCAGAACAUGCUUUGGACCUUCAACUUGCCGUGGCCAAUAUUUUACAAUCACUGGUGCACACAGAAAGAAACCAGCAAGUCAUGUGUGAAGCUGGCCUCCAUGCACGACUGCUGCAGCGGUGCAGCGCCGCCCUGGCUGACGAGGACCACGCGCUGCACCCGCCCCUCCAGCGGAUGUUCGAGCGACUGGCCUCCCAGGCCCUGGAGCCCAUGGUGCUGAGGGAGUUUUUACGUUUGGCAAGUCCAUUAAAUUGUGGUGCCUGGGACAAAAAACUACUAAAACAAUAUAGGGUCCACAAACCAAGUUCACUGAGUUAUGAGCCAGAGAUGCGAAGUAGUAUGAUCACAUCCAUGGAAGGUCUGGGUUCUGAUAAUGUCUUCAGCUUACAUGAAGAUAACCAUUACCGGAUAAGCAAGAGCCUAGUGAAAUCAGCAGAAGGAAGUACGGUACCCCUAACCAGGGUGAAGUGUCUGGUCUCCAUGACAACCCCGCAUGACAUCAGACUUCACGGGUCAUCAGUUACGCCAGCCUUUGUUGAAUUUGACACGUCCCUUGAAGGGUUUGGAUGCCUGUUCCUGCCCAGUCUGGCCCCUCACAAUGCCCCCACAAACAACGCUGUCACCACAGGUCUUACUGAUGGAGCCGUGGUCAGCGGCAUUGGUUCCGGUGAACGAUUCUUCCCCCCUCCGUCGGGCUUAAGCUACUCGAGCUGGUUCUGCAUUGAACACUUUAGUUCUCCUCCGAAUAAUCACCCUGUCAGGCUCCUUACUAUUGUGCGUCGAGCAAGUUCUUCAGAGCAGCACUACGUGUGCCUUGCCGUCGUUCUGUCAGCAAAAGACCGGUCUCUGAUUGUUUCCACCAAGGAGGAACUACUGCAAAACUACGUUGACGAUUUCAGUGAAGAGUCCUCUUUUUACGAGAUUCUGCCAUGCUGUGCUCGCUUCCGAUGUGGAGAACUGAUAGUGGAGGGCCAGUGGCAUCACCUGGUCCUGGUGAUGAGCAAAGGGAUGCUGAAGAACAGCACCGCGGCCCUCUACAUCGAUGGGCAGCUCGUCGGCACCGUGAAGCUUCACUACGUGCACAGUACUCCCGGGGGCUCGGGCUCUGCCAAUCCACCGGUGGUUAGCACCGUCUAUGCGUACAUGGGCACUCCACCUGCCCAGCGUCAAAUCGCUUCCUUGGUUUGGCGCCUGGGACCUACGCACUUCCUGGAAGAAGUUUUACCUCCUGCAAAUGUAACUACCAUUUUUGAACUAGGACCAAAUUAUGUUGGAAGCUUUCAAGCCGUGUGCCUGCCAUGUAAAGAUGCAAAAUCUGAAGGUGUGGUCCCAUCUCCUGUGUCACUGGUACCUGAGGAAAAGGUGUCCUUUGGCCUCUAUGCGCUGUCCGUGUCCACCCUCACGGUGGCAAGAAUCCGGAAGGUGUGCAACAAGUUGGACAGCAAAGCCAUCGCUAAGCAGUUAGGCAUUUCCUCCCACGAGAACGCCACGCCUGUGAAGCUGGUACACAACUCAGCAGGACAUCUUAACGGACCCGCGCGGACAAUCGGGGCGACUCUGAUUGGAUACUUGGGAGUAAGAACAUUUGUCCCUAAGCCUGUUGCCACUACUUUGCAGUACAUUGGUGGAGCUGCAGCCAUCCUGGGCCUGGUGGCCAUGGCUUCUGAUGUGGAAGGGCUGUAUGCAGCGGUCAAGGCCCUGGUUUGUGUGGUCAAGAGCAACCCACUAGCCAGCAAAGAAAUGGAAAGAAUCAAGGGCUACCAGUUGCUGGCGAUGCUGCUUAAGAAGAAACGUUCCCUUCUUAACAGCCACAUCCUGCAUCUCACAUUUUCCUUGGUGGGGACGGUUGACAGUGGACACGAGACAUCCAUUAUUCCAAACUCAGCUGCUUUCCAGGACCUGCUUUGUGAUUUUGAUGUCUGGCUCCACGCCCCAUAUGAACUUCAUCUUUCCUUGUUUGAGCACUUUAUUGAACUGCUCACAGAGUCCAGUGAAGCUUCAAAGAACGCCAAGUUAAUGAGGGAGUUCCAGCUGAUCCCGAAGCUGCUCCUGACUCUUCGAGACAUGUCUUUAUCCCAGCCUACCAUUGCUGCUAUUAGUAACGUGCUGAGCUUCUUACUGCAGGGCUUUCCCAGCAGCAAUGAUCUCCUCAGGUUUGGCCAGUUUAUUUCUUCUACUUUACCAACCUUUGCCGUGUGUGAGAAAUUUGUAGUUAUGGAAAUAAACCACGAAGAGAAGCCUGACACUGGAACUGAAGAAGAGUUUGGUGGACUGGUAUCUGCGAAUCUUAUACUUUUGAGGAACAGACUCCUAGAUAUCUUACUAAAACUGAUUUACACCUCUAAAGAAAAGACAAGCAUUAAUUUGCAAGCCUGUGAGGAGCUGGUCAGGACGCUGGGCUUUGACUGGGUCGUGAUGUUCAUGGAGGAGCACCUGCACCCCAGCACCGUCACGGCGGCCCUGAGGAUCCUGGUGGCCCUGCUGAGCAGUCCGUCCAUCCUCGUCAAGUUUAAAGAAGGCCUCAGCGGCGGGGGCUGGCUGGAGCAGACGGACUCCGUCUUAACCAACAAGAUCGGAACGGUGCUAGGAUUCAACGUGGGCAGGAGUGCCGGCGGGCGAUCUACGGUCAGGGAGAUUAACCGGGAUGCCUGUCACUUUCCUGGUUUUCCGGUUCUUCAGUCAUUCCUUCCUAAACACACUAAUGUCCCUGCCCUCUAUUUCCUCCUCAUGGCCUUGUUUCUGCAGCAGCCAGUUAGUGAGCUGCCCGAGAACCUGCAGGUCAGUGUGCCUGUCGUCAGCAGCCGAUGUAAGCAGGGUUUCCAGUUCGAUUUAGAUUCCAUUUGGACGUUUAUCUUUGGAGUUCCCGCCUCCAGUGGCACCGUGGUCUCGUCCAUCCACAACGUCUGCACAGAAGCUGCCUUUUUACUGCUGGGGAUGCUCCGCAGCAUGCUGCACUCACCUUGGCAGUCCGAAGAGGAGGGAUCUUGGCUGCGAGAAUAUCCCGUGACCCUGAUGCAGUUCUUCAGAUACUUGUAUCACAACGUCCCAGACCUGGCCUCCAUGUGGAUGAGUCCAGACUUCCUGUGCGCAUUAGCGGCCACCGUCUUCCCCUCCAACAUCCGCCCUUACUCGGAGAUGGUGACUGAUCUCGAUGAUGAAGUGGGAUCUCCCGCGGAAGAAUUUAAAGCAUUUGCAGCAGACACGGGCAUGAACAGGAGCCAGUCAGAGUACUGCAACGUAGGGGUCAAGACGUAUCUGACCAAUCACCCAGCUAAGAAGUUCGUUUUUGACUUCAUGCGCGUCCUGAUCAUAGACAACCUCUGCCUUACACCUGCCAGCAAGCAGACUCCACUCAUCGAUCUUCUGUUGGAGGCUUCCCCUGAAAGAUCGACAAGAACUCAGCAAAAAGAAUUUCAGACUUACAUUUUGGAUAGUGUGAUGGAUCAUUUGCUGGCAGCCGACGUUCUAUUGGGGGAAGAUGCCUCUCUGCCCAUCACCAGUGGAGGAAGCUACCAGGUACUGGUGAACAAUGUGUUUUAUUUCACGCAACGCGUGGUGGACAAGCUUUGGCAAGGCAUGUUCAACAAAGAAUCUAAACUUCUUAUAGAUUUUAUAAUUCAACUAAUCGCACAGUCAAAAAGAAGAUCACAGGGACUGCCCCUGGACGCGGUUUAUCACUGCCUCAACAGGACCAUCCUGUACCAGUUUUCGCGGGCACACAAAACCGUGCCACAGCAAGUAGCUCUCCUGGACUCGCUCAGGGUCCUGACUGUAAACCGGAACUUGAUCCUGGGCCCGGGGAACCAUGACCAGGAGUUCAUUAGCUGUCUGGCUCACUGCCUCAUUAACCUGCACGUUGGAAGCAACGUGGAUGGGUUUGGCCUGGAAGCAGAAGCCCGCAUGACCACCUGGCACAUCAUGAUCCCCUCCGACAUCGAACCGGACGGCGCCUACAGCCAGGACAUCAGCGAAGGGCGUCAACUUCUCAUAAAAGCUGUCAACAGAGUUUGGACUGAAUUGAUUCAUAGUAAGAAGCAAGUCUUGGAGGAGAUUUUCAAAGUCACUCUCCCUGUGAACGAAAGAGGCCAUGUGGACAUAGCUAUAGCAAGGCCGCUCAUUGAAGAAGCUAGUCUGAAGUGCUGGCAGAAUCAUCUGGCCCAUGAGAAGAAAUGUAUAAGUCGGGGAGAAGCUUUAGCGCCCACCACACAGUCCAAAUUGUCCCGUGUCAGCAGUGGCUUUGGUCUUUCCAAGUUAACCGGAUCGAGAAGGAAUCGGAAGGAAAGUGGGCUUCACAAGCACAGCCUUUCCACCCAGGAGAUUUCUCAGUGGAUGUUUACACACAUCGCAGUUGUUCGUGACUUGGUAGACACGCAGUAUAAGGAAUAUCAGGAGCGUCAGCAAAACGCCCUGAAGUACGUGACGGAGGAGUGGUGCCAGAUCGAGUAUGAGCUGCUGCGGGAGCGGGGCUUGUGGGGCCCCCCCAUCGGUUCGCAUCUGGACAAAUGGAUGUUGGAGAUGACGGAAGGGCCCUGCAGAAUGAGGAAGAAAAUGGUGCGAAAUGACAUGUUUUAUAACCACUACCCUUACGUGCCGGAAACGGAGCAGGAGACCAACGUGGCGUCUGAGGUCCCAAGUAAACAGCCUGAGACACCCGAUGAUAUCAUUCCUCAAAAGAAACCUGCUCGGUACAGAAGGGCCAUAAGUUAUGACAGUAAAGAAUACUACAUGCGACUAGCCUCCGGCAACCCAGCCAUUGUCCAAGAUGCCAUUGUAGAGAGUUCCGAAGGUGAAGCUACCCAGCAAGAACCAGAGCAUGGCGAAGAUACGAUUGCCAAAGUCAAAGGACUGGUGAAGCCGCCUCUCAAACGGUCUCGCUCUGCGCCUGACGGGGGCGACGAGGAGACGCAGGAGCAGCUCCAGGACCAGGUGGCCGAGGGCAGCUCCAUGGAGGAGGAGGAGAAGACGGACAACGCCACGCUGCUGCGCCUGCUCGAGGACGGCGAGAAGAUCCAACACAUGUACCGCUGUGCUCGAGUCCAGGGCCUGGAUACCAGUGAGGGGCUGCUUCUGUUUGGUAAAGAGCAUUUUUAUGUGAUCGAUGGAUUUACAAUGACAGCAACCAGGGAAAUAAGAGAUAUUGAAACCUUACCUCCAAAUAUGCAUGAGCCGAUCAUCCCCAGAGGAGCCAGGCAGGGCCCCAGUCAGCUCAAGAGAACGUGCAGCAUUUUUGCAUAUGAAGACAUCAAAGAAGUGCAUAAGCGGCGUUAUCUGCUGCAGCCCAUUGCUGUGGAAGUCUUCUCUGGAGAUGGACGGAAUUACCUCCUUGCAUUUCAGAAAGGAAUUAGAAACAAAGUCUAUCAAAGGUUUUUGGCUGUAGUGCCAUCUCUAACUGACAGUUCAGAGUCUGUAUCUGGGCAACGACCAAACACAAGCGUGGAGCAGGGAUCUGGAUUGCUUAGCACUCUGGUUGGAGAGAAAUCUGUGACUCAGAGAUGGGAGAGAGGUGAAAUCAGCAACUUUCAGUAUUUGAUGCACUUGAACACUUUGGCCGGCAGAUCCUAUAAUGAUCUCAUGCAGUACCCUGUCUUCCCCUGGAUCCUUGCAGAUUAUGACUCAGAGGAGGUAGAUCUUACUAAUCCCAAGACAUUUAGAAACCUGGCAAAGCCAAUGGGCGCACAGACAGAUGAACGACUCGCUCAGUAUAAGAAGCGAUAUAAAGACUGGGAAGAUCCUAAUGGAGAAACUCCAGCCUACCACUACGGGACCCACUAUUCGUCUGCCAUGAUUGUGGCUUCGUACCUGGUACGGAUGGAGCCCUUCACACAGAUAUUCCUCAGGCUCCAGGGAGGCCACUUUGACCUGGCUGACCGGAUGUUUCACAGUGUCCGCGAGGCCUGGUACUCAGCAUCCAAGCACAACAUGGCAGACGUGAAGGAACUGAUCCCAGAAUUUUUUUACUUACCAGAAUUCCUGUUCAAUUCCAACAACUUUGAUCUAGGCUGUAAACAGAAUGGCACCAAGCUUGGAGAUGUCAUCCUUCCACCCUGGGCAAAAGGGGACCCACGAGAGUUCAUCCGAGUGCACCGAGAGGCUUUGGAAUGUGAUUAUGUGAGUGCCCAUCUGCAUGAGUGGAUUGACCUCAUCUUCGGCUAUAAGCAGCAAGGCCCCGCUGCCGUGGAAGCUGUCAACGUCUUCCACCAUCUUUUCUACGAGGGGCAGGUGGACAUCUACAACAUAAAUGACCCGCUGAAGGAGACGGCCACCAUAGGCUUCAUCAACAACUUUGGCCAGAUCCCUAAACAGCUGUUUAAAAAACCUCAUCCGCCCAAGCGCGUGAGGAGUCGACUCAACGGAGACAACGCGGGCAUCUCGGUCCCACCAGGAUGUACGAGUGACAAGAUCUUUUUUCAUCAUCUAGACAACUUGAGGCCUUCUCUCACACCUGUAAAAGAACUCAAAGAGCCCGUGGGACAGAUAGUGUGUACGGAUAAAGGCAUCCUUGCCGUGGAACAGAAUAAGGUUCUCAUCCCACCAACUUGGAACAAGACUUUUGCCUGGGGCUACGCAGACCUCAGCUGCAGGCUGGGAACCUACGAGUCAGACAAGGCAGUGACCGUGUAUGAGUGUUUGUCCGAGUGGGGCCAGAUCCUCUGUGCCAUCUGCCCCAACCCCAAGCUGGUCAUCACGGGCGGAACAAGCACUGUCGUGUGUGUGUGGGAGAUGGGCACCUCCAAGGAAAAGGCCAGGACGCUCACCCUCAAGCAGGCCUUGCUUGGCCACACGGAUACUGUCACCUGUGCCACCGCGUCAUUAGCCUAUCACAUAAUCGUCAGUGGAUCCCGCGACCGAACCUGCAUCAUUUGGGAUCUGAACAAACUGUCGUUCCUGACCCAGCUCCGAGGCCACCGGGCUCCCGUUUCUGCUCUUUGUAUCAAUGAAUUAACAGGGGACAUCGUGUCCUGUGCCGGCACGCACAUCCACGUGUGGAGCAUCAACGGGAACCCCGUCGUGAGCGUGAACACGUUCACGGGCCGGAGCCAGCAGAUCGUGUGCUGCUGCGUGUCGGAGAUGAACGAGUGGGACACACAGAACGUCAUCGUCACGGGGCACUCGGACGGAGUGGUCCGGUUUUGGAGAAUGGAAUUUUUGCAAGUUCCUGAAACACCAGCUCCUGAGCCUGUUGAAGUGCUAGAAAUGCAGGAAGACUGUCCAGAGACACAAAUAGGGCAAGAAGCCCAGGACGAGGACAGCAGCGAUUCCGAGGCGGAGGAGCAGAGCAUCAGCCAGGACCCCAAGGACACGCCCAGCCAGCCCAGCAGCACCAGCCACAGGCCCCGGGCGGCCUCUUGCCGAGCCACGGCCACCUGGUGCAAUGACAGCGGCUCCGACGACUCCAGGCGCUGGUCCGACCAGCUGAGCCUCGAUGAGAGGGACGGCUUCAUACUUGUGAACUAUUCGGAGGGCCGGGCCCGGGCUCAUCUGCAGCCCCCCCUUAACCACCCCCACCCCAGCCCUGUCGAAGUGCGGAACUACAACAGAUUGAAGCCUGGGUACCGGUGGGAACGGCAGCUGGUGUUCAGGAGCAAGCUGACCAUGCACACGGCCUUUGACCGGAAGGACAAUGCACACCCGGCCGAGAUCACCGCCCUGGGCGUCUCCAAGGACCACAGUCGGAUCCUCGUGGGUGACAGCCGAGGCCGGGUCUUCAGCUGGUCUGUGAGUGACCAGCCGGGCCGCUCUGCCGCCGACCAUUGGGUGAAGGACGAAGGAGGGGACAGCUGCUCGGGCUGCUCAGUGCGGUUCUCUCUCACAGAGAGGCGGCACCAUUGCAGGAACUGCGGUCAGCUCUUCUGCCAGAAGUGCAGCCGAUUUCAGUCCGAAAUCAAACGCUUGAAAAUCUCAUCCCCGGUCCGCGUUUGUCAGAACUGCUACUACAAUUUGCAGCACGAGAGGGGUUCAGAAGAUGCGCCUCGAAACUGUUGAGGACUCCGACAGCCGGUUGGAGACCACGGUCUGUAAACCCCCCCCCAUCCCCCGCACGGCUCGCGGCUCGGGGGGCACCGACCCCGUCUCCGUUUACACAGCUCUUCCCAGCCCGCGUCUGAAGUCUGGGAUCCAGAGGGAUCAGUGAACCAGCGGGCGUGCCUGCAGCCCCGGGGCGUCCGGGUGAGCAGCGCGCGCACAGCGUGAGCGGGGCCCAGGCGGUGGUCCCGGUUCCUCUGCAGCCGCCGGCGCCCAGAGGAUCCGCUCUGUUAACUGUCCUGCCCGCGCCUCUCAUUUCUGUAGAGCUACUCAUCCUUAUUUGGAAAAACCAACGCCUCCCCCCAAAAAAACAAAAAACAAAAAAAAAAAGGCUUUUAGAAAAUGGUUGUAAAUCUGACUUCUUUGCAAGUAACUGUGUAUAUUGUAAAUAGGUACAAAGGCCUUUUUUCUAAAUAAGGACUUAACUGCCUGUAACAUGAGACUGCAAACUACACCACUAACUCAAUGAACUCCUAUGGUUUGUCUGCCAUCGCUCACCAAUUAAUUAUAAAUAUGUUUUUUUAAAUCCUCGAAGACAUCAUCUGUGGUCUUUUUAUCCCCCCACCCCCACCCCCUUUGCAAGUCCAGCCCCCGUGCCCAGCGUCCUUCUUUGCGAGUCGCCCACAGUUCCUCCCCUGGACUUAGGCUAAUAACCAAAACGAGGUGACGCGGCCCUUCCUUAGGGAGCAGCGUGGGAGAAGAAGAGCCCAGCGGGGCGUCCCCCGGAAUCCUGGGGCGCCGGGCACCUGGCUGCGCACCACCUCAGUGUUGUUCUUCUGUCCCAAGGCCCCUUGUGAGCUUCUCUUUGGACUGUCCUCCGGUCAGGGCACCCUUCCUAGCGCUGCUGGGCGGUGGUCGGGCCAUCGAUCCACUAAUGGAAGUAUAUUUGCAUGUAACCCAAAUUAGCUUCUCCUGCAUAGAGCGAAAGAAGCGUGUGUCUUUGGUGACACUCAUGUUCGACUGUAGCUUAUUUUCAAGAAAAGGGUUUAAAAAAGAAAAAAAGUGUACAGAAUCAACAUAUAAGCCUUGUUGUAAAACUGGACCAUGUCGGAACUGCUUCUGAUUAACCUUUACCAUUUAAGGCCAUCUACCUGAAAACAGUGAGAUUUAUACUGUAUCGAUGUCUAUUUUUUUGUUUUUGCUAUGAAUAUAAUUACAGUAUUUUAAUAUUUAGUUAUUUAAUUUGUUCUACUAGUUGGAUACAGAACACACAAAUCCAGGGAGACUAAAGCUGGUGGGGGCUAAGAGAAGAGUUUAGUUUACAGAAAAAAGGCUUUGGUGGUGGGAUUUUUUAAAACUGUGUGUUAUGUACAUAUAUAUGUAUAUAUAUAAAAACAAAUGAAACAAUCUAGAUUUUAACAUUUUCAGAUAUUUAGUGAUAAUAUUACGAACAAUUCUAAAAGCCCUGUGAUUUGAAAAAUGUAGACGCAUCUAUGGCCCAAGAAAGGAAGGACAGGCCUUCACACCUCACGGAGCAUCGCAGGAAGGGCAGCGGCUUUGGCUUUCCCGAUUCUCCAUCUUCAGCCCUGGUGACAGGCACACUUAUGCACUAAAAUGCACAUAUAUGCACAUGCAUUCAAAAAAUAGGCAUUGGUACAAUAGCAGUCUUGUACCUAAUGGGCUGAAACCAGCUUAAGAACAAACUUGUUCUUCCUGAUAACUAGGUCUCCAAGAGAAAAUAUAAAGGCUGCUGUAGUGCCUUAUGCUUACUAAAUUUAAACCUUUAUUUACCUAGGGUGGAGCCUACAGUUGAUGAUUACAUAUCAAAAUUGAUGAAGACACUUCCAUUUCUAAAAGUUCAAAUAUACCUGUUAAUAAAAGGAUUAUUGGCAUUAAUACUUCAACUUGAAGAGAAGUUGUGUUCUGUUUUCCUUUCUGUGUCUUCCUCCCCCCGCCCCCCCCCCGGGCCCUCCCCUCCUUCCUUCAAUUCUCAUAAACAAGGCUGGAUGUUCACCAGUUGCAGGAACUGUGCUGUCACACAGUCGUAGUCGCAGGCUUUGCCCCUGUCCGGCCCGCUGGAUGAGUCGUAGCAGUGUUAUUCUACGCUUUUUAAAAGAGGCGUCCUCCUCGUGUCCAUGAAACGUGGUCCCCCCAGCCCAGUGGCAGAGGUGUUCCUUAAAGACUUGAAUAUGUGAGUGUCUGUAUGUAGUUCCUUAGAGGUUACUCCUCUACGUGAUGUGCAGUUAUAUGGGAUGAACCCUUUGAAACGUCCGACACAGCUUCCGUGGCUAGAAGGUGGAAACCAAAACCCUCACGACAGUUUUUCCUCUGGCAGCUGGUGCUUGGGCAGCUGUUUUGUUCAGUGGGGUUUCUUUUCUUUUUGCUUCUAAUGCGGAACUCACACAUCGCUCACACAUACGCAUACACUCACGUACCUAAACUGAUGGUUCUCUGGCUGUCUUCCUGUGUUCCAUGUAGAUUUGUCGAGCAGCAUGUAUUCUCAGCGUGCACCUCCACCUUUGCGUGGUCCGCGUCCUCUCUCUGAGAGUACCUCGCAGGGCUUCUGCCUGAUCUCUGUAGUAGUUUGUCCGUCCGUGCAUCCGCCCAUCCAUCCAUCCAUCCAUCCAUGUAUCCACCCGUGUCUUCUAACAUGCGUGUGUGCUGUGCAGCUGUCAUGUCAUGCUUUCGAAGAAGAGAAUAGCUGCCCGUAGCAGCCAUCCGUCUGGACAAUAGCAAACACUCUAGAUAAGUUAUUUUGCACUUUCUUAUGUAUAAAAUGGGUAGAAACUUAUUUUUGCUUUGUAUCAUUUAAAUACAUUUUGUUUUGGUAAAUGGACUGUGUAUAAAAUAUUUAUGCCAUUAAAACUGUUUUUAGAAAGUAUUUUUAAUUUCAGCAAGUUUGGUUACUUGUUGCAUGACUCUUAACACAGCUGACUUUUUGUGUCAGUGCAAUGUAUAUUUUUUGGUCCUGUUAUUAACUUGUAAGCCCUCGUAAUGGCCAAUUAUUUGUACAGCAACAGAAGUAAAUUGAAGACACUGGCUAAGACUGGAUCGAUUGUGGACUUUUGUACUAUACUGCAGAAUCCAAUACCUGUUCUUUGGUGGUUAAUGUAAAAGGCCUGAAGAAUUACUAUCUAGUGUGCAAUCUGUGAUAACUGAAUGUUCAUUGUAUAUCUGUCUCUGAUGCAAAAAGGUAGAGUAACACAAUUACAAUACAUGAUUAAAUGCA